GAAGAAAUAUAAAAAAGGGAAAUAGGUAAACAAUCAACAAACGUCAAACUCUGAAUGUUUUAGUAACCAAAUAAGUGUGAACCUGUGAUUCAAAUAACAUAACACAUCCACACAUACAUUUGUAAUAUAGCCAAGACUAACAAGCACAAACUAUAGGCUUAUUAAUUCGAAAUUAACGUCUGAUUUAUUUCUCAAGCACAAAAAGGGGUGCAUAAAAACUGCAUAAAAUGAGUGAGAUGAGAACGUCAUAUGACAUCUGUUUGGAGAGUGGCCCAAACAAGAAUAAGAAUUACUGAUUUGAUUACAAUGUGAGACAAAUCAAAUGUCUAAUAUGUUUACUGAUUUUGAAACUGAGUCUGCAGGAUUUUCCUCAAACUGGAACUCUUCUAGAGCCAGUGAGGACAGCUCUGUGCAGACUACGGAGGUGCGGACAGCAGACCAAGAUUUACAGGCUGUAGACACUUCCUCCACAGCGGUACAAACGGAGUAUAGUGAUGUGCAACAACUGUCCGCUGCGUAUGACGAGACAAGACUGGCAGCAUUCCUUGGCCGUGUGUGCCCUGCAGUGGUUCAGGAGUUGGACCGUGUGUGUCGCAGCAAUGCUUUAAACACCUACACACUGGCACAGGACCCGGACUCUGACGUGAGAGAGCUACUGAAACUUAGUCCACCCGCGGACAAUAUGAAAGUGAGCCAGCUUUCAUGGAGUUGCACAGGAAGUGUGUUGGCUGUGGCUCAUUCACAUACUCUUCAUCCCAGCUGGUGUUCCCACCAGGGCCACAUCGCUUUGUACAACGUUGACAGAGAGAGCAAGAGUCCAAGCCGCUCCCUAGAACCCAUGUCAUGUGUCAGGAGUAUCAGCAUGCAUCCUUACCUAUCAUCUGUUGUUGUGGCUGGCACAUUCUCUGGUGAGGUGCUCGUAUGGGACACAGCAAGAGAGGGCUCUGAGGCAUCAUUAGUCAAUGUGAGCCGUACAACGCAUGCAGACUCAGUCACACAAGUGCGCUGGGUCCUGGGCACAGGAACAGCUGUUACCCUGGUCUCGUCAGGGACAGACGGUCAUCUCUACUUCUGGAAGGUGUCCCCACAGUUGAUGUCUUACCAAGUGUUGGAAAGGUACUGCUGUGAUACCACCAAUUUACAGGCAGGGAUCAGCUGUUUUGCCUUCCCCCACCACAAGCAGGACAUGUUUGUCGUGGCAUUGGAAGGAGGGGCACUCCACCACUGCUCAGCUUCAGCUGCCAAACCUGUGGCCUCAGAGCAUCUGGUGAAGGACCCAGUGAUAAGUAGUUUUGAGCCGCAGCCUGCAACUGUGACAUGCGUAGAGUUCUCUCCUCACCAUGACGACGUGUUCGCAACUGUCUCCACUGACCAGACGAUCAGGAUUUAUUCUCUCUUUCAGCGACGUGCAGAGCGAGAGAUAUGUGGAGUAGGAAGCCUGGUAGGGUUGUGCUGGGCUCCUGCUCAGGCCCAUGUUCUGGCUGGGUGGGGAGACCAGGCUGUAGUGUCACUGUACAACUCCCACACUGGAGAUACUCUCAGUGCACUUACACCAGACAACACUGAGAAUAAAGCUCACAUAUCUGCUGCUGCCUUUAACACCAAAAGUACCCGACUGUUUGCUAUUGGUGACAUAGAAGGUACUACACAUGUCUGGAAAAUACCUUCACAUAUACCAACUAAACCUAUGCAUUUGUAAUAUUUGUGAGGAGUAGUUUUAAGUUCACUAAAAUAUCACGUAAUUUUACUUGCAGUUUAUGAUUACACGUGUUUCUGUCUUAACACGUAUUAUGUUGUAGCCAUUGUAUGGUUACAUAUUACACAUUCAUAAUGAUGUGAUUAGAAAUUGUAGAACCCAAAUAGAUUGGGAUUGUUGCACAAAAAUUGUUCCUCUGUGAACCUGAAUACAUCACUAGCCAAAUGAGAUGCUGUCCAUUAAGUGAAAGUUGGUCAGGACUUAUUUUAUAAUAUUAAUAAAGAGGUUUACAUA